UACAUCUAGAUCCGCCGCCCCUGUAUUUGUAUUCCAUGGUCCAUGGAGACUGUACAUAGUACUACAUGAAUCAUGGCGGUGGCACGACGGCUACUUCUUGUAAGAUUCCAUCUCGGAGUAACAGGACCUAAUCGCCUCCGGGUUCCAAUUCGUGUUCUAGUCGGACCGCCUCCGCCCUCCCUUUCAGUAAAGACGACAGCUUUGCCUCAUGGCAUCCUCGGUUCCGAGCUUAUUAUUAUCGUCCAUGGAGCAGAAUAAUGUGCGCCACCCCUGUGUAAGCUCUUGCUAGCUUCUCUUCUUUUGGGCGUUCAAAUCAACUAUUCAUGAAUGAUCUCCUCUUGUUGCAGAUGCCACAAGGGGAAGAUAGGCUGGGUGCGCUGACUGACGACAUCCUGCUCUCCAUCUUGGGGAAUGUCGACCUUGCGACGGCGGCAGGGACCAGCGCUCUGUCGACGACGCCUGCCAUAGCUGCUCCCCGAGCUUAAACUCCAUGUCAGGGAUUUCCUGCCCGCGCCAUGCCCGGAUUACCCUGUUGCUGCUGCGCAGAGGAUAUAUUUUUAUUCCCAAAUACCAGCACAACACAUAGAUGAAGCAAUAGCAUCACUGACAAGAGCUGCUAGGAGUUUCUUGCGCAUCAAGCGCAGCAGCAGAGUCUCAAGAAUGUCGCUUGAGAUCUACCUGGUUGGCAACUACUCGCAUGACAUUGGCCCAUUGGUCCGUGACGCCAUCGACAACGGCAUGAUAAAAGAACUGGACCUAACCAUUGCGGACGACAAGGAUUACAAUUGCAAAGGUGUGGAUAUGCUACAGAAAGCACAGGAUGUAGACGGGUUCUUCAGCGCCUAUCCUAAUAUACUUCCUUGCCUCACAAGGCUCCAGCUUUACAACCUGCGCUUUGCUGAGGGAGAUAUACAUCACAUCCUAUUUGAUUGCUGCAAGCAGCUGCAGCACCUUAGUCUGGAACACUGUGAUGUUGGCGACUGCUCGGUGUGGCAGGUAGACGCGCCGAAUUCGGUCCUCAGGGUUCUUGAAAUCCGCUAUUCGUACUUGAAGAGGCUCAAGGUGCUCUGCCUUCCCAAACUAGAGCUGCUCAGUUGGGAGGCGUGGGUGCACUGUGAGCCCCCCUUGCAUUUUGGUUAUGUCCCGUCUCUUAAGGAGUUAAUCCUCUUAUGUGCUGCAAAGCUUGAUCACCCGGAGUUUAGUUUAAGCCAGCUUCUAGAUGGUGCCACAGAAAUCAAUACCCUGACCUUAAACUUCCAAGGAGAAAAGCUUUGGAUCCAACCGGAAAGCAGGCAACUCCGUGCCGCAUUCAGCAAGCUAAGGAAGCUGUCUAUUCAUGGCAUAUAUGUUGAGUUUGACCUGUUAUGGACAAUAAAUCUCCUUGAAGCUGCUCCAACCGUUGAGAUAUUUGAUAUUGAGGUGUAUGAACAUCCAUGUAUGGUACCAUAUUGGGUGCGCGUUGGCGUUCAAAGAGUGCAACCUUCAUGGAAGACGCCUGGGUUUACAAGCUGUAAGAAGUGGCAACUGAGAGAGCUCUAUGUUACCAACUUUAGUUCCCUCGUGGGGCAACAUGUGUUAUUUGUACGCGAGGUGAUGGAUCAAGCGCCAAACUUGAAAACUGUUAUUUUGAAGGAAGAUGAAGAAGCAUGCAAGGAUUGUGAGGCAAUGGGCGCACUGCCUACUCCGGUAGGAGGCUUGUUUCCGAGGACCAAAAAGGAGCAAGAAACAAUAGCCCAGCAACUUAGGGACAACAUGGUCAGCUCGUCCUCGGCACAGAUAAUUUUCAAAAGUAUUGUUUCAACGGUGGUAUUCUGAACUUAUGUAUGUCUGAAUGCAAGUGCAAGAAGUAAACGAAAAUGUAACAUACAGGCUUUUUAUUGUGGGGUUUGUUAUAAUUUUCUACUGUUAGGGUUGUUGUAAACGCGAAUGCAUCAACUU